AUGUACAACUUAGCAGGAGGGUAUGGCAGCCGAGAACUUAGCUUUGAGUCCUCUGAGAGAUUGGCAAUGGAGGGUGAAACAGAAGGGAGUGACAGUCUAGACUUCAGUUUGAACAUAUUGGUUAUAGGGAAAACUGGAGUGGGGAAGAGUUCCACCAUUAAUUCCAUAUUCGGGGAGAAGAAAGUUUCGAUCAAUGCAUUUGAGCCGGCAACAACCAUUGUCAAUGAAGUUUCUAGUACAGUGAAUGGCAUCCGAGUCAGAAUCCUCGACACGCCAGGAUUGAGAUCUUCCUUCAAGGAUGCAUCCACCAACAGAAAGAUACUUUCUUCUGUAAAGAAAUUCAUGAAGAAGUUCCCUCCAGAUGUUAUCCUCUAUGUUGACAGGCUGGACGAUCUCACGAUAGAUGAAACUGCUGAUGCUACAUUGCUGAGAGAAAUCACUAAGUUUCUAACACCAUCCAUAUGGGACAAUGCCAUUGUCGUUCUCACUCAUGCUUCUUCUCCUUCUUCUCUUCCUCCUGAAGAAGAUGGACCAUUGAGCUUCGAGGGUUUCGUUGCUCGGAGGUGCUAUGGGAUCCAACACGCAAUCAGCCUAGCAGUUGGUGACCAGCUUCUUGCGCAUCCUGGAAAUCGGAAGCCAGUGGCCCUUGCUGACAAUCAGAAAGAGAAGAACUGGACUGCCCAGUUGUUGCUUAUGUGUUGCUCAGUGAAGAUUCUAUCAGAAGCGAGUGGAAUCUACAAGACUCCUCUCCUGAGACUUGCUAAUGAAAGUGGUGGAGAUUUUGUUGACUCGUAUGUGGAAGCAAUGAGGAAGAAAUCCGUAGACAGUAUGGAUUCAGAUUCACUGCCUGAGAUUCUCCUGCCACCUUCGUUCAGAUAUCGACCUCUGGAGCCAACACCAGUUACCCUCAUGAAGCCAGCUUUUGAUAUGAAUGGUUAUUGCGGACAUGAUGGAGUCACCAUUGAAAGAAACAACCUCUCCAUUGGCAAUCAGUUCCCAUCUGCAUUAUCCCUCCGGCUCACCAAGGACAAGAACCACUUCAAUCUCCGCCUGGAUUCCUCAGCACUAGACAGAUCAACCACAAUGGCAGGUUUCGACAUCCAGGGCGAGACCAAAGUUGGGAACUUUAAGGUGAACAAGACAGCUUUCGGCAUGUCCAUAGCUAUACUGGCCCUGGGGAUGAAACAUGACGACGAGUCAAGAUCGAGUCUUUCUGCGGUGAAAUGGAAGGAGGGUUUGAGUCUGAUUGGUAGCUUGCAGAGUGAGAUGGAGUUUAGGAGAGGUUCGAAAGUCGGUUUGAGCGUCUGGAUGAAUGAUAAGAAGAGAGGGAGGAUUAGUGUGAAGAGCAGUAGCUUGGAGCUGCAGUUUGCUAUAAUGGAGAUUGUUCCAGUUGUGAUGGCUGUCUUGGGGAGGGUUUGUUAUGGUGGCAGCAUGAGAAACUGA